GUCAAAUUCUUCUCCCGUUGUGCCUCUUCUGCGUCGUAUAGGAAGAACAGUAGCCAUUCUUCGUUCUGCGUGCUACUUUUUAGAGGGUCGAUGAACACGUGCAGGAAAUGAACUGCGAGGUCAUGGAGAUCUUGACAAAAACAAGUUGAAUACCACACCCCACCUUCCGGGCCGCAUCUUCCCAUCACCUCGUCCCGCGGCAGCAGGACAAAUCCUCGAGCAGCAGCUCCAGUAGCCGUCCUUCGUGCGUCGGAACGCGCGCCGUCAAGGUGCUGUCUGUCGCAGCGAGCGGUGCAAGUUUGGCUUUCGCGGCCGCGGGCGUGCACGCCCGCGGCGCCCGUAGAGGAGGACGCGAAUGAGAUAAAUAAAUAUAAUCCUGUUAUUUGAAGAAAGCGCCCCCACUCCCUAGUCAGGAUGGAGGAUACGAUAAACACUUAUUCUGUCAUGCGAACGGACAACGUCACUCUUUAUUCGGUUCCGCAAUGGCAGGGCGCCGCAUCAGAGACUUUUUUUCGUGGUGACUAGCCCUUUACAUAGCGAUUUUCUUGCAUGGGCAGACGCAUCUUCACGGAGGGAUGUAGACCCUGAUCCUGCACGUGCAUAGCAGCAUCAUACAUUUGGAGUGGGGGCGGGUUUAACAAGUAUAAAAGCCUACGCACCACCGCAUGAAGCCUUCGUUAGCCGCGCGGAAAGCGAUCGUCGUGUGGCGGGAAGCGAUACCGUCCAGCGGGAUGGAAAGAGGACGGCCGCAAUAAAUGCCGGUGGCGGGGGCGAGUUCUCGGACGAGGAGGCCCAUCAGGAUGCGUUUUUGCAGGAGGAAGCCCGGGCCGCCGCACGGCGAAUGUGGAGAGGCAUGCGGGGUGGAAACCGGGUACUUAGAUUUUGUUAACAGACGUACUAAAAAAUGUAGUACGCUUGAGGUGCUCGUUCCCACUGAGGAGGUCUAUUUUUUUCAGACCCUUUAUUUCCGAGGACACCCUGCAGUUAUCCAUGCCGAGGAUUUCCCCAUGAGGGAGACCCUUCAGUGACUUCAGUUAUCCAUGUUUUUGGUGCACGAUGGAGAUCAGAGAAAGAGAAUUGCAAUGAGUUGGUUUCUGGUUGCACUUGAUGGCCUUUCUAUUCACGAAGAAAAGUAAAAUACUUGAUGACGUUGCAUAGGUAGCACCAGUACCGGAAAACAGGGGCACGAGCGGCGCCUCUCCUGAAGAUGUGAUCUUCGCGGACAUUGCUUCUGGGCGGCUUGUCGAUCGUGUUGAGCUGGAAAGAAGAGCGUCGGAAGCGAGUUUGAGUCCCGAACGUACAAAUUAUCUCCGGCAAAACCUCGAGUUUUACACGAUCAAGAACCGCAUCCUGUCGGGCCACGUGCAAACCAUCAACGAGGUAUAGGUGUAAACUUUUUGACGCUAGACGAAUCGCACACGCGGACUAGCACGCAUACGCAGGCUAUGCCCUCCAGGAUGCUGCUCUAUUCCUACUCAUGCCUAAUCUACGACACGAACUCGUUCUCUUGUUGGAGCGUUGUAGCUCAAGAGCCCUGCUAAUAUUUAAUUAUGAUUUAUUCAUCAUACGCACACAGUCAUAGAUAGGUACUCCGUCUCAUCUGGGUCAUUUCUACGAUGUAGAUUGCUACAUACUCAGAGUCAGAUGAUUAACCAUACCAGGUGCACGAAGAAGCCGAUGCGGCAAGCCUGCCAGGGAACAUGCGUGCAAAGCUGUUGCGCUAUAUGAGGGAGGUGAAUCCGGACGAAGCAACGACCGCUGGUGGUGGCUCAUCACAACCCAGUUCUGCCGAAAGCAACGAGAGCAACAUCUGGGGACUCUAGGUGUUCCUAGCAUGUCGUGCUCUUUUACCCUGAUUUUGACAUGCGAACUUGUUCGCAAACACGAGACAAGACCCCACGUAUUGUGCGGGCUACUCCCAGGGCCGCUCGGUGAUGAUGAUUCUAAUCUUUGAUCAAAAACUGCAGAGAUUUCUUGCACCGUCGCCGACGUUGCAUGCGUCAAUUUUCAUCUUGCCUUGAUCAGUUCGGU